AUGAAUUUAGUGUUCUCCAGAUUUUUGGCAUACCUUCACGUCGGGCUCCAGGUCGCUCUCCAAAUGUUUAUUUACCCUUGCCAUCUGCAUCCCCAGCCUUGCCACAUCCUGGCACGCAUUGGGCACACAGUGCGCUUGGGUGCGCUCCUGCCGACCCGUCAACAGUCCAGGAUACAGGGCGCCCUCAACCGCGCCUUGGUCCAGCUCCGGCAAAGUGGCAACAACUUCUUGCCGUACAACCUGAGCUUGGAAGUAUUGUCCCGAGAACCGCUAAAUGGAGACCCGGAGUCCAUGUUCAGGUGCGUGUGCCAGGAUAUCGUUGUUCAAGGAGUCUCCGCUGUGCUCGCCUUCCCACAGAACCACGAGGAGCUCAUACAAGUGGAGUUUAUGUCUUCGUUUUUGGAAAUACCUUUCAUCAGCAUAAUUGAACAGGGCGAACCUCUUAAAACACAGAACCGGUUCCAUUUGCAGAUGAUGACACGUACGCCCCCCUCAGGAUUAGCAGAGCUGCUGUUAUCAGUGUUGCUGAAAGGGGGCUGGCAGGGUGGGGCAGCCACUCUUUGUCCGGGAGGUGGGAACACCGGAAUGCUGGAAGAACUAGAACAGAGGGGUCAUCUGGGACUGAAUGGAGCACACUGGCACCUUUGGGAGACCCUCAACUUGUCCAGACUAGAAACUGAAUCCACAGAGAAAGGAGAUGAGAAAAUGAGGGAGCAGAAGAUGAUGGAGCUUCUCUCUCAGCUCUUCAGUAGGACUCCUUCUGCUCCAGCAUCUUCCAUGGUGCUUUUCGGAUCUGACCCAGAAUGUAUGGCCACUGUGCUGCAUAGCGCCAACCAGUUGAGCUUUGCGUUGCCCCUGAUGCACUGGAUAAUUGGAUACCCACUUAGUCUGGAUUCUCUACACUCCAUCGGCUCCCCCCAGGGCCUUUUGGCUUAUGGGGAGGUGAAUCGCAAGCCCCUAAACUUCUACAUAAGGGAUACCCUGCAGCUUAUUGGCAGGGCAGUGUAUGCUGCUACAAUGGUGAGACCGGACCUGGCACUAAUCCAGAAUAUGGUCAACUGCUUUGACAAGCCCAAUAAACAUGAGCUGCCCUCCUCUGGACAGUACCUUGCCCGGUUUUUGACAAACACUUCAUUCACGGGGUUGACAGGCCUAGUGCAAGUACAGCAUUCCCUCUCCAGGGUGCUUACCUCACAACGUUUCCACAUCUGGAGUCUACAGCGGGACCCUCUAGGCCAGCCUAGUUGGGUGACCGUGGCGAGUUGGCAGUCGGGCCAGUUGGAAGUGGAGGAACAGGGCCUGUGGCCAGGCAUGACCAAGCGCCACUUGGAGAAAGGCCCAGGGAUCAGGCUAGGUGGCCGCUGGCAAGCAGGACUCCCAGUUGCAGGCAGCAGAUUGCGGGUGGUGACCUUGGUCGAGCACCCGUUUGUUUUCACACGAGAGGUGGAUGAUGAGGGCCACUGUCCAGCAGGCCAGCUGUGCCUUGACCCUCAAACCAACAGCUCUGAAGUCCUCAACCAGCUGUUCAGAGAGCUGGAGCAAACCAACAGCAGCUCACUGCCAACUGACAUCCGUAAAUGCUGCUAUGGAUACUGCAUCGACCUGCUGGAGAAGUUAGCAGAGGACAUGAACUUUGAGUUUGAUCUUUAUAUCGUGGGUGAUGGGAAGUACGGGGCAUGGAAAGGCGGAAGAUGGACUGGGCUGGUGGGUGACCUUCUCAAUGGUAUGGCUGAUAUGGCCGUCACCAGUUUUAGCAUCAACUCAGCUCGUAGUAGAAUGAUAGACUUCACAAGCCCUUUCUUCUCAACUAGUCUGGGGAUCCUGGUGCGCAGCAAGGACACAGCUGCACCUAUUGGCGCCUUCAUGUGGCCCCUUCACUGGUCCAUGUGGGUGGGCAUCUUUGUGGCACUUCAUAUUACAGCGCUUUUCAUCACCCUGUAUGAGUGGAACAGUCCAUUUGGCAUGACACCACAUGGACGUAACCGCAUCAGGGUCUUCUCUUACUCGUCAGCCCUGAAUCUCUGCUACGCAAUUCUGUUUGGCCGUACUGUCGCCAGUAAAAUUCCAAAGUGUUGGACAGGCCGGUUCCUCAUGAACCUUUGGGCCAUUUUUUGCCUCUUGGUUUUGUCCAGUUACACAGCCAACCUAGCAGCUGUCAUGGUGGGGGAGAAGACCUUUGAGGAGGUCUCAGGGAUUCACGAUAUCAAGCUCCAUCACCCAUCUCUGGGGUUUCGAUUCGGCACAGUUCGAGAGAGCAGUGCUGAAGACUAUGUAAAGAAGAGCUUCCCUGAGAUGCACGAAUACAUGAAGCGCUUCAACAAGCCCACAACUCCAGAUGGAGUUUCUACACUCAAGACAGAUCCCCCUCAACUAGAUGCUUUCAUCAUGGACAAGGCUCUGCUGGACUAUGAGGUGUCCAUAGAUGCAGAUUGCAAACUCCUGACUAUAGGAAAACCAUUUGCUAUUGAAGGUUAUGGGAUAGGGCUACCCCAGAACUCUCCUCUUACCCGAAACAUUUCUGAAUAUGUCAGCCGCUACAAGUCUGACGGCUACAUGGACAUGCUCCACGACAAGUGGUAUAAAGUGGUUCCCUGUGGAAAGAGGGUCUUUGCUGUGACAGAGACGCUGCAGAUGGGUAUCCAGCAUUUCUCAGGACUGUUCGUGCUGUUGUGUGUGGGGGUGGCAGGUGCUUUACUCACUUUGCUGGGGGAGCAUGCUUUCUUCAGAUUCAUCCUGCCUCACCUCCGCCACCAGCAGAGAUUCAAAUACUGGCUCCACACCAGUCAGAAAAUCCACCGUGCAGUAAAUAUGGGUUGCGAGGAUGAGAGGAAAUCAGAGGCUGAGAACACAGACAGAUGUCCCACCUUGUGCCUGUCAGAAAACUGCAACCUCCAUCGCCUGCCAGCACCCACCUCUUCUCCUCAACCCUCCACCUUCUCGACUUCCCCUUCCACCUCUACAACCAAGUGGAACAAUCAGACUGCUAAGGCCGUUCGAGAGGCCAAGGAGCAUAACAAGCGUGUCCACUUCAACCUAGAGACACUCAGCAGCUAUCAACUGCAAGCUCCGCCCCCUGGACCAGACAGAGGCAGGAGGGGGCUAGUGGGCAGUCCGCCAACCCAGUUGUGCUCAAACGGCGGUCCUAUUCUCAGUCUCAGUUUGGUGCUCUCACCCCCAGCCAGCUCUGGACACUCAACACCAUGGGAAGAAGAGCUCCAGGAGCUGCAAGGGAGGAUUGAGGAGUUUCGUGGCCAGCUCAGGGCUGCCCUAGCCAGGAGAGCUGAGCUCCAGCGUAGCCUGGUCAGACAAAGGCUCAGCCAUACCCAAACAACCUCUUCUUCAAAUAAUGCUGAGCGGUCAGACUCUUCCACCACCAAUACCCUGACCAAAGACAUCAACAUGCAAAGUUGAUGUAAGUGGUAGGACAUUCAGGGUAACAGUGGAUAUGGGGGAUAAGGGACAGUCUCUCAUUUGAGAAGCCAUGUAGCCCUUUAUUCUGCUUUUGUCCUUUCACAUUGACAGCUGGGGAGUAAGGUGGGUAUCAACUUGUAGUGCUGCAGUCUGGCUGACUUCCAGCUCAAGAGAGAAAGCAUUUAUCUGUGUGUGUGUGUGUGUGUGUGUGUGUGUGUGUGUGUGUGUGUGUGUGUGUGUGUGUGUGUGUGUGUGUGUGUAUGCGUGUGUGUGUGUUUUAAGUCAGAGAGUGAGCACUAGACCUAGAACAGACACAUAAAGGGAUAGAUCACCACAAAAUGACAUUUCUGUCACCAUUCACUCACCCACAUGUUGUUCCAAACCCGUAUGACUUUCUUUAUUAUGUUGAACACAAAAGACGUUAGGCAGUGACAGCCAGUGUUGGGUAAGUUACUUCAAAAGAGUAUUUCACUUCAAAUGACUAAUUAUUUCCUCCUAAAUUAUAAUCAGAUUUCUUUACAAAUGACUUAAUUGAAAAUAAUCACAUUACUAAUUACAUUACAUUUAAGUUACUUUCUUAAAAAAAUGUUCUGCUCCAAAGUAAUGAUCCUUUUAAAUUUUUACACACCUCACAUUUCUAUGUCACAAUGACUCAUUACGGGGCUAUAAUUUAUCUAUUCUACAUAAAUAAUAUAUAAGAAAUAAGUGUAAACCAAUAAUGUACUGUAAUAACUCUAUAGUUAGCUAUUGUAAUCUGAUUACAAGAAUUUAAAAUGUACUUCAUUACACUACAUUCUGACUUUAAAAGUAAUUAGAUUACAGUAACUAUUUAAUUUGUAGAUUACACCCAACAGCCUCAGUACAUUAAUUGUAUGGAAAACAAGAUGCAGGUGAAAGUCUGGUGACAGGCUGAUGAUGACAGAGUUUUAUUUUGGGUGAACUGUCCCUUUAAUACACCACUCUCUGCUGGCUAAGAUGAAUAUCUGCAUCUACAGAUGUCCAGCAUUAAAAUAGCUUCAUUUUGUAAAUAAUUUAAUGGGAUAAGCAACAAUGGACCAAACUUACAAAUUUGUGUACAUUACUACUUCUCUUGCUGUGUAUACUUUUACCACACUUAUACUGUUUGAAUAAAUAUGAUGUUUGCUUGUGUGUUUAAAUGGUGAUAAAGUAUGAUUCUGUUGGAGAUGUUUGACUCUCUGAUGUCACUGACCAUCUAUAUUCCACUGUAUAAUCUAAAUGUUAUAAAGUUUGAAUGAGUUAUUAAUACAUUUACUAUCAUUAAUAAAUACAUUUUGGAAUAAAUAUUUAUUAGCGAAUUUAUUUCAUGUACCCCUCUAGGGCAUAGUGUCCACUACAAUGAACAGAUAUUUAAAAGCCAUUAGUAAAAAUCAGUAAUACAAACCACAAUAACAUUUAACCCUUAUAAAUAAUUCUAUAUAACUGUCAUCUUUAUAUUUCAUGUAUGUUUUAUUUAUGAUAUCUGGUUUAUGUAUUAUUGUCUUUUAUUGCAGUGGACAGAUGUAAACUAAAAAUACACAUAUUAAAAAAGGAUUCGGAUGAUUAUAUUUGUUUGUCAUUUUAAUUUGUAAGUAAUAAGAAGUAUAAGGGAACUUUUUUUCUCUUUGUAAUUUAAUAAUUCAUGCAUC